ACAAGUGAUUCCAAGAGAAGUCAUUUUGCAUUCAAUGCAAUCGUAAUGUUAAUUGUUAUCUUCUAUUUUACAGACAAUACAUGUAUUUGAGUUCCAAAAGCAGGGCAGAUCCUCGAGCAUGCAAAAUAUGGAAAAUGAACAGCUGCAGAAGUAUAUCAGAAUGUGUCACUCAUCACUCUUAGACUUGGGAAGUUUAACUUGUUUGGUAUAGUGCUUUUUUUUUAAUAAGUGAUAGUUUUUUUUAACCUUAUCCAUGGAGAGUGAAACAGAAGAAAAUCCUGAUGACCAGGACUAUAUUCUGAGCAUUCUCAGGAACUUACAGUCACCAAAUAGAUUUCCUACUGGAAAUCCAAUCAAUAAUUGUGCAAGUGUUAUCUCAGGAAACACUUAUUCUGAUGAGGAUUCAAACACCAAUGACAGCAGUUCAAAUUUUUCACCAAAUGGGGAGCUUUCUGAUGAACAACUCGUUGAGAAUUUCAAUAGGGUUAGAACAGGUCACAGAUUAGAUGAUUACAUAUUAAGCAUCCUGAACAAUGGGAAGUGCAAGAAAAAGUCACACAUACAAAGCACUGUGGAUUCAUUGGACUCUAUUCAUUGUUCAGACUUGACAUUAAAGCCUUUUGAAAAUGCAUUCAGCCCAGGGUCUCUUGAGGUUUCGAAUAUUCUAUUCAAGGAAGAUUCCUCUAAUCACAAACUGGAUGAAGUCCUGCAUGUAGCUAUGAAGAUUGUAAAGCCUAAAAAAGGGAAGACUACUAAGCCAUCAAAUGUUUCUUCUCCUUGCAAGAGAAAGUCUCCGAAAUCUAACUGUACUAAAAUGAAGAAACAAACAACCCAUUCAGCUUCAAAUUUAACUUGUCAUGUGUGCAAUUUUGUCUUUAAUUCAGAGGAAAGCAGAAACAGACAUAUGUCAAAUGAGCACAUAAAGAGAGUAUCCAAUAAAAACCAAUGUGGGAAUCGGAAAAGGAACGUAAGUCAAUCUGAAAAUUUUCCUUCGGAGACAAGUAAUUGCAGUACCACAACAUGGUGUUUUUAUGCAUUUCCACAAGAAGAGGAACAUGUGAGAGAAAACUUUGAAAAAGAGCAAUUAUCCAUGGUAAACUUAAAAGAAUUACCUAUCGACAAAACUGUGAUAGAUCCAAAUACAAUUGGUGAGACAAAAGAUGUAGAAAAAGGAGAAGGUUCACUGAGGACAUCCUCAUACAGACAAUUUCUUAAUUCAAGUGAAGAUCAGUGUAGUAGGACCCAACCUUUUUCAGAGCAUGUAAAAAUGAAGCAUAAACGAUACAUGAAUGGUGAAAGGAUUUGCAUAGAAACUGGUAUAUCAGAGUUGCAGAAUAGGUCCCAAUUUGACAAAUUGGUGUGUGAUAGUGAUUUCAAAAUUUCUCUUCCAAAGCAUAAACCUGAUUUGAGGCCUUCAUCCCUUUUAUCAAAAUUGUGCUCAAGCAUACAGAUUUUGGACAAGUCGGAACCAUCUCCCUCAUCAUCAUCACCGCUAUCAUCAACAUCAUCAUCGUCAUCAUCAUCAGCAGCAGAAUUUAAACUACAAUCAAAUCAACAGUCAUCAUCAUCAAAACUUUCAUCAAAUCAACAACCACCAUCUACAUCAAACCAAGUAUCGCCAGCUGUGUUAAUUCCCGACACUGUUUUAAGGGAGAGACAUUGGAUAAUCCUUGACACACCCAACAUUUUCUGUGCGCCUUCUUCCAGCUCCACCACCAUCAAAGUGAAGGGACACCAAAAUCAGACCCAAAAUGAUGACAUAGUUGGAAUUAAAUCCAUAUUAGAUGAACCUGUCAAAGCGCCAUCUGUUACUCAAUGUUUGACCUUGUUUCCAGAGUGUUCAAGUCACCAUGCAACUCCAAAAUCCAAUACGUGUAGUAAAUUCAAUAUAGAAAAUGAGUGUUCAGCAAACAGCAGUAUUAACCAAGUACACAAGUUUCCAUUUGUUGAAAAAAGUAAUUCUCAAUCAGAAAGUUGUACAGUGAAUGUAUCAGCUACACAAGACUCUGAUCACAUUGAGAAUGACGAAUUAGAAAUUAUAAAGCACUCUUGUGCAAGACAUUUAGCCUUUUCUGAUUUCAUUGCAAGGUACUAUGCUUUUAAAACACACAAAGCUGGAAGUUCUUCAAAAGAAGAUAAAAUAAGCACAUUUAAGGACACAAGCAAGGAAGCUGUUUACUAUUCUCCGUUUUCAAGAGACUUUAUUCUCUCCCCUCCGAAGAAACGAUGGAAAAGUUAUCUUGGGAAUGAAUAAUAAUGUCGUGUAUUUUCCUAUUUUUAAUUACCAGUAGCCAGUAAUAUGUCUAUAUUUUUUGUUUUUUUCUUUGUUAUUUUUUUUCAAAUUAUGUUUUAAUUAAAAACAUUUUGAAUGGCAUUGUUUAUUAAUUAUUUGUGAAAGUUUCUACCUCAAUAGUAGCUCACAUAAACAGUAUCAUGAUUGAAGACCAUAUAUAAAUACUUGUUAUGGAAUCUAUUCAAACUAAUGUGAAUUGAAUUUAAGCAUUUUUCAAAUUUAUUUCUCACCCCCCCCCCCCCUCCAGCCAAAAAAAUAUUAAAAAACAUAAAAUGUAUAUUAAAAACCCAAAACUACAUUUUGAGUGUUUUAUGGUACAUGUAUAUUGUAUUGAUAACAAAGCAAACAAUUUUUAUUUUUUUUUGGGGGGGGGGGGGUACUCUUAUAUAUA